GUGUAAAUAUUUGUAACAUAUAAAAUUAUAAUAAUUUAAUAAUUUGACUUGAGCUAAAUUAUGGACGGGAAUAAAGAAUUUGAUAAAGUUUUACUAUCCACCGGAGAAACACUGACCGUUCCAAUUAUAACCCAGGAAGAUGAACCUGAUGACACUGUAGUCAUAGAAAAGGUACAAAAUGUUUGGGGGAGCAGCUCCGGCGCAGGGAGUGACUUUUUGGAUAAGUAUCGUAAGGGUAGGAACAUAGAGAUGCAGCGUUUGGAGGAGAUGGACCGUAGGUGGCAGGAGGAGAUGGAGAACAAGUUAUUCCACUCUCAGAGGUUACACAGGAUCCAGAAGGAAAAUGAUAAAACUAUGAGGAGAAAAUUAAAAAGAGAUAAAAGAAAACAAAAAAAUAUAAAGAAAAUUUUAACUCAAGCUGAGCAAACAGAAUUUGACAAUUUUAGGCCUGAAAACGAGAAGUUGGAGGAGGAUUCUGGAGAAGCAAAAAGGCCUAGAGACAGUGAGUCUGAAAUCGAGUCUGAGAGGGAAACUGAAGCCGAAUGUGUAGCAGAAAAUGACCCAGAGCGUGAGAGAGAAUCUGUAAAUUACCUGAGGAAGAUGAAUAAAUUUAUAAUUUUAGAUAAAUCUGAAGAUUUUUAAAUAAAAUUAAUAAAAUUUUAAUAUUUUAAUAAAUUUU